GGUGAACAGUGCAUGCAGUUCCCUGUUGCAUUUCUGCCCCACGGCCAUGCGGCGCGCGGCUGCCUGGGCACAGGUGAUUUUCCUCAGCUGUUGCGCUUUCGCGCUGAGCCGCCCGUUUACCUUGGAGGACUAUGAAGCCAUGCGCGCGGAUGAAGCUCGAACUCAGGCCUUCUACAAGGCCAUCGACGAGUUGGCGCCGGGGAAGGCGGUGCUGGACCUGGGCACCGGCGCCCUGGCGCUGCUGGCGCUGCGCGCCGCCCAGCGCGGAGCGCGGCGGGUCUUCGCGGUGGAGGUGGACCCUAGUGCGGCCGCGUGCGCGGCCGAGAAGGUGCGCAGCUGGCCGCAGAUACAGGUGCUGCAGGGGCGCUCGCAGGACCUGGAGCUGCCGGAGCCCGUGGACCUGGUGGUCCAUGAGGUGUUGGGGGAGAUCGCCAGCCGCGAAGGCGUCGUGUCCUCCCUUGCGGAAGCGGAGCGCCUCCUGCGCCCGGAAGCGAAGGCCUCUCCCUGGUCCGUGCCGCGGCGCGCGUGCACCUGGUUGGCACCGGCGCGGUGGCCGGGGCCGAGGUAUCUCCAGGACUACCGCGCCCGCACGGGCACGCUGCUGGCCGCACCCAGCGAGGGCUUGCUGAGGCUGCCGAAUCUGCCUGUGUCUGAGUGCCUGCUGGCAGAGCCCAGGAUUUUCGAGGAUCUGCACUGGGAUCAGGAGCCGCUGCUUCGGUGCCAGAAGAGAAGUUUGGAGUUCACAGUCACGGAGCCAGGUUCAUUGGCCGGCUUCGUCUUCUUCAUCACUGUGGACUGCGGACAGGGCGCACCCCUGGUGAGCUCAGCAGAGGUGGAGAGCCAUUGGGCGAACAGCCUCUGCCCCGUGGACACUCCGGUCUUUGUGGCAGCGGGUCAGAAGAUCGUGGUGGAGACGGAGGUGAACCUCAGCGGGCCCACAUACUGCCUGGAGGCCCGCCUGCCAGGAGGACAGCUCCUGGUGCCGCGAACCAUCUUCCAGUGACGGACACGGCUUGCGG